AUGUCGACAUACAAACUCUAUACUUUUAAUUCUCGUAGUCGUGCUGAAAUUGCUCGUUUAAUGUUUAUUGCUGCUGAUCAAAAAUUCGAAGAUAUUCGUUAUGAAUGUAAAGAAUGGAUAUCACACAAAAAUGGAACACCUUUUAAAUUAAUGCCUAUUCUGGAAGUUGAUGGUGUUAAAUUAUCACGAUCAGUAUCUAUUGGUUCUUUUCUUGCUAAUCGAUUUCAAUUAGGUGGUAAAGAUAAUUUGGAACAAGCGACAAUUGAGGAUAUUUUUAAUGCACUUACUGCUUUAAUGAAACAAUUUUUGUCAUUCCGUGAUGAAAAAGAUUUGAAAAAACGAGUAAACCUGAUAAAAAAUUUCUUUGUAAAUGAAUUACCAAGACAUUUACAAAAUGUCGAAGUUUUAGCUAAACAAUAUGCUAACAACGGUCCAUUUCUUGUUGGAAAAAAUUUAACAUGGGUAGAUUUAUUCUUUUAUGAAGUAACAGAAACUCUUUUUAAAUCAGAUAGAACGAUUUUAGAUAAUUAUCUAUUCUUAAAACAAAAUCAUGCAGAAGUAGAAAAACAACCUCGAAUUGGAGAAUAUCUUAAAAACCGAUCAAAAUCAUAA